UCUCGGAAAGCCCUGUUUCUGAGUGAGCGGGAGCGAGACUGAGGCAGGGACAAAAAGCUUAAGCAGCAAAAAUGCAGAAACGAGCCCUCACAGCCCUUCGCUUCCUCACCCUCUUGACGGGCUUCCUGAUUAUCUGCCUGGGUGCAUUCUUUGUCUCCACAGGCUCUCUACUGCGCUGUAGGGGCAGCCUCUUCCUCCCCUAUUUCCUUUUGCCCUUAGGAUUUCUCAUCCUCAUGAGCGGCAUUUUCUGGAGCACAUACCACCAGGCCACCCAAAGCAAGAACAUGUUCAGCGACGUGUUCCGCCAACACCUGGGCCCCCGGGCAACGCACAUUCAGACAGUGGACAGGUCAGAUUUUUAUCUUCCAUCUUAUGAAGACAGUAUAGACCCUGAAAAGCAGGUCUGCUCAGCCCAGGAAGAGCACUCUAAUAUUCCUCCACCAUACACUGAGAGCUGCCUGGAAUUGCUGGAGGAAACUGACCCCUACAAGGACAACCCGCCACCCUAUGAAGCGUCAGAAGUGCCAACAGCAGGAGCAGUGGCUGCGCCAGUCAUAGACAGAGCAACAGCAGAAGUGGCAGCAGGAGGAGGAGAGGGAGCGAGCCAAGAAUGCCUCAGGCACUAAGAGCUCUCAGGCCCUUGUGACGCAUCCACACCAGGAGUCAGUUGCUAAUAAUAUGAACUGUCAAGAGACCGUGGAAGGAAAAAAAAGGUUAUUUAUCCUGGGUUAGAGUUAGUGGAGAAGAGGCUACAUAUGACAGCAGUGGCCUUUGCAAACACACGGUAGGGUAGGGUAUUCUAAAACAUCCCUUCCCGUGACAAUAGAAGUGGGGGCGGGUGUGGGACGGACAAAGACGCUGCCACCCGGUAUGUAUGUGGUUGACUGAGAGUGCCCUGGUCCCUAAAACCCAGGCUGCCCUUUAUCUUGGAAGAGGGUUACAGUCCCAGAAACCGCAGCCUUUUUGUAUCACUUCGGGUGGCCACCGCCAGACCGAGCCUCCCAAACAGCUACUCAUACCUUGUCCAAAGCAAGUAAUGAGAAGGUCGUGCGGGACAACAAGUAAAGAAUGAGGCUUUGGUUUCUUGUUCUUCAAAGGAGAGGGGAAGCUAGAAAUGUGUCAAGAUGCCUGGAUCAAUAUUUCAUACCUUUCUGGUUUCCAGGCCUUGCUAAUUCACUGUCUUCCCAGGCCUUACUCAAUUCGGCUGACAUUCGGUCAGCCACGAAUCCCAUUAUGUAACCCGUUGGGAUCAAAGUCUUUUCAGUUUGUUGUCUCUCCUGAAUUCUCAAGUGCUUAAAGAAGUAAAAUUGGACACCCAAUUGGAUGAUUUGCCUUAAGGGAGACAAUAGAUCUAAUUUGCACUGGAUGGAACAUGGCAUUACAGAGUUCACUCCAGGCUGGUUUUCUGGUUGAAAAGAGGCUAAAUGUUGUUGUAUUUUUCUUGCUGCUUUGAUAAGUUAGAGGAGCAGAACAAAGGUCCCAAGCAUAGGCUGACACCCCAUUCCCCAAUCUGGACCUCUUCCCUUCAGGGUUCCCUGGGUGUCAGAGUGGUGGAGGGAGGAAAUGGUGCUGCCAGGGAGAGGAUUGGCUGUACCAGCAGCAGCAGCAUGUUACAUCAGGGAUGGUGAGGGAGACCUGGCCCAACACGCCAUCUCCCCUGCCAAGGGGACCCACUGGUGGUCCUGCUGUUAGUCUGUUCACCCAGAAAAGAGUUCAAAACUUACCUGAUGUUUUCUGUGCCCCUUUGUGGAACUUUUCCCUGAAUCAUUUAAAGGUUUAAGGUCAAAGUAACAAGACUUAAGGGUUCAGAGGUGUCCUUCCUUCCUUCUUGCACUCCUUCUCCUCAGCACCCCCCAACACACACAUACACACCUCCCCGACCCCACCUUCCCAACCCCACCUCCCCAAUCCCACCCCAAUCAGGGUGAAGAUCAGGUCUGUAGUACAACCGAGGAAGAACCAUGGGCCACCAGCCAAAGCUAUAAUAACUAGUAAAAGGUUUUUCAAGAGCCUGAACUCUCUACUCCUCAAUUUUUCAAUUCAUAAACAUUCCAAGAGGGAAAAUCAAAACCAAAGGCUCUCACAAAGGAGAUACAAACUGAUAACCUGUACAUGAAGGCCCCUUACUCUUGUGUUGGAGGGAGGUAAACACUGUUGCCCCUUUCAAAAAUCUUUCAUUCUGUAUUCAUUGUAAAUAGAUUCUUUCAUCCUCUCUCCCCUUGUUUUCUUUCCAUCUUUCCAUCUCUCUCUCUUUAUUCUCUUUCUCUCUUAUGUGUUCCCCUUGCGUUCCGUUAACAGUUGCUGACCUGAACAAGCUGUUUAGUUAUUAGCUAACAGCCGGAAUUUGUAUUUGUAAUUGUUUGUAUUUUGUACACGUGUUAAAUAGUUUGAACUUGGGAAAACUUUGUAUUUACAUGGUUGCUGGGUAAAUCAGGAAUUGUGCCACCUUCCUGCAAUAAAUUUUAUAUUUAAAAGUUCA